CAGACAGGCAGACAGACAGGCAGCAGGGGGCACGGACCGUGGAGGUGCAGAGCCCGUCUGUCUGUCUGCAGUCUGUCUGCACCCGUCGACCUUGCAGACGUCCUGUCUGCAGGUGUUGCGCAGUCACCGGCAGCGGGGUCAUUCGUGAAUAGGCUGCUCGGAACAAACGGCCCUUUAAGCAAAUCCACCUUAAACCCAGUCCAGCCUGCGAAGCCGAUUAUCUGCAUCACGGUCAGCAGCCGAACGUCAACAUGCCUUUUGGAAACACCCACAACAAGAUGAAGCUGAACUUCUCCUCAGAGCAGGAGUACCCUGACCUCAGCCAGCACAACAACCACAUGGCCCAGGUGCUCACACCUGAAAUGUACGCCGACCUGCGGGACAAGGAGACGCCCAGCGGCUUCACCUUGGACGACGUCAUCCAGACUGGUGUUGACAACCCAGGACACCCGUUCAUCAUGACGGUGGGCUGCGUCGCUGGAGACGAGGAGACGUAUGAGGUGUUCAAAGACUUAAUGGACCCAGUGAUUGAAGCCCGUCAUGGAGGGUACAAACCAACAGAUAAACACAAGACAGAUCUGAACUCUGAAAGUCUACAGGGUGGAGAUGAUCUGGAUCCAAACUACGUCCUGAGUUCUCGUGUUCGGACAGGACGCAGCAUUCGUGGCUUUUGUCUGCCUCCGCACUGCAGCCGUGGGGAACGUCGUGCCAUUGAAAACCUCUCCAUUGAAAGUCUGGAUGCUUUAGAGGGAGACUUGAAGGGGCGAUACUACGCUCUGAAAAACAUGACCGAUGAAGAGCAGCAGCAGCUGAUCGAUGACCACUUUCUGUUCGACAAGCCCGUCUCCCCACUGCUGCUGGCGUCUGGCAUGGCCCGCGACUGGCCCGAUGGCCGCGGCAUCUGGCACAAUGACAACAAGACCUUCCUGGUCUGGGUGAACGAGGAGGAUCACCUGCGAGUCAUCAGUAUGCAGAAAGGAGGCAACAUGAGGGACGUGUUCACUCGCUUCUGCACCGGACUCACAAAGAUCGAGGAAUUAUUUAAGGAGCGAGGUCACGAGUUCAUGUGGAAUGAACACUUGGGCUACGUCCUCACCUGUCCAUCCAACCUGGGGACGGGACUGAGAGCUGGAGUCCACGUCAAACUACCAAACCUAAGCAAGCACGAAAAGUUUGGGGAGAUCUUGAAGAAGCUGAGGCUGCAGAAGAGAGGAACAGGUGGUGUGGACACAGCAGCAGUGGGUGGAGUCUUUGACAUAUCCAAUGCAGACCGUCUUGGCUUCUCUGAGGUGGAGUUGGUUCAGAUGGUGGUGGACGGAGUCAACCUGCUGGUAGACAUGGAGAAACGCCUGGAGGCCGGAGAGAACAUCGAUGACUUGAUGCCCGAGCAGAAGUGACCCUACCGCCGUCCCUGUUCUCACUCUCCUCCUCACCCACUCACUGUAACCAACCAGACCAUCCUGACACUACAGGAUGUUAGAGCUGCUCAGUUAGAUUUCUGACUUCCAAUAUGGAAGGAUUUUCUAUUUCCUGUCUCCAUCUGUUGGAUCCAUCUAACAUCUGAAAUAACCAAUAAAGUAUCUGUGGCCCCAAACAGA